AUGGAUGUCGCCGACGAAGCUAAUUCCCAGGGCGACGAGACGGCUGUGGAAUGUGAGCCGCGGGGCAUUGAUUUUGUCACGCUCGGCAUGUUUAUCAUCGAUGACAUCGAGUAUCUACCGCCCACACCGCCAGUUAAGGACAUUUUGGGCGGUGCCGGCACGUAUUCCGCUCUCGGCGCCCGGCUUUUCUCACCCCCACCGCUCUCAGAUUCGGUCGGGUGGAUCAUCGACAAGGGCUCCGACUUCCCGCCAGCGCUAGAGGACCUCGUCUCCACAUGGCAGACCUCCGUCGAGCUCCGCGACACCCCCGAUCGCCUGACCACGCGCGGCUGGAACGGCUACGACGAGCACCAGAACCGCGCCUUCCGGUACACGACCCCGAAGCAGCGCCUCACCGCCGCGGACCUCACCCCGGAGCUGCUGACCUCUAGGUCUUUCCACCUCAUCUGCUCGCCCACAAGAUGUAGGGAGCUCGUGACCGAGAUCAAGAGCAAGCGGAGCGGCCUGUCCACCCCGGGCGGAGGAAAUCUCCCCAAGGCCAUCUUCAUCUGGGAGCCCGUGCCCGACCUUUGCACGACGGACGAGCUCCUGAACUGCACCAACACGCUUCCGCUCAUCGAUGUCAUCAGCCCCAACCACUCCGAGCUGGCCGGCUUCAUGGGGGACUCGGGCCUGGACCCCGACACAGGUGAGAUCAGCACCCGAGCGAUCGAGCGUGCCUGCGAGCAGCUCCUCGGUUCGAUGCCUCUGCAGUCCUUCGCCAUCGUCGUGCGCGCUGCCGAGAAGGGCUGCUACCUGGCACGCAACGGCGGACGCAAGCGCAAGCACAACAACCACAAGCGGCCUGCCACUACUACAGCCCCGCGCAAGAAGCCCUCCGCUCUGCUCCAUGGCGGUCUCCAGCACGACACGGACAUGGAAGCCCUGUUCGCCGGCCUGCUCCAAGAUCCAGAGGGCAGCAUCGCGCGCGAGGAAAUCGAGGUCGACCCGGGCGUCGAGCGCUGGAUCCCGGCCUACCACACGGAGGCGGAGAAAGUCGUUGACCCCACAGGCGGCGGGAACACGUUCCUGGGCGGACUGGCCGUGGCGCUUGCUAGGGGCAAGAGUCUGGAAGAGGCGGCGGCUUGGGGCAGCGUCGCGGCCAGCUUCGCCAUCGAGCAGGUCGGCACGCCGGUGCUGGGCGCGGAUGACGAGGGCAACGAGCUGUGUAAUGGCGUCCGGGUCGAUCGGCGAUUCGAGGAAUUCAAGAACCGGCUGGCGUUCAGCUGA